GCGCGGCGCUGCGAGCGGAGCCGGCGCUGCGCUGCCCGCGGGUGGUGCCGGAGCGAGCGGGGCCCGGGGAUGCAGCGGCGGCGGCGGGCGGGCGGCUGCGCGCGGAGCCUCUGGCUGCUGCUGCCGCUGCUCGCGGCGGCCCAAGAAACAAAUUUGACAGUCACUGUGGAUUUCACACCAACAUCAUCAUGGAACACUUCAACUGACUUAGACAAAGAUUACUUCCUGACACUUGAUGAGCCUAUGAAUAACAUAACCACCACUCUUGGCCAGACGGCAGAACUGCAUUGUAAAGUCUCCGGCAAUCCUUCUCCAACUGUACGCUGGUUGAAAAAUGAUGCACCAGUGGUUCAAGAACCCCGAAGGAUAUCUUUCCGUGCAACAAGCUAUGGGUCUCGAUUACGAAUAAGAAACCUUGACACUACAGAUACAGGCUACUUUCAGUGUGUUGCAACAAACGGCAAGAAGACUGUUUCCACGACUGGUGUUUUGUUUGUGAAAUUCGGUCCUCCACCAACAGCAAGUCCAGGAUCAUCAGACGAGUAUGAAGAGGAUGGUUUCUGCCAGCCAUACAGAGGAAUUGCUUGUGCAAGGUUUAUUGGGAAUCGAACAAUUUAUAUGGAGUCUUUACAUAUGCAAGGUGAAAUAGAAAAUCAAAUUACAGCUGCCUUCACCAUGAUUGGCACUUCCAGUCAUUUAUCUGAUAAGUGCUCCCAGUUUGCUAUUCCUUCGCUGUGCCACUAUGCUUUCCCUUACUGCGAUGAGACCUCAUCAGCUCCAAAGCCCCGGGAUCUAUGCCGUGAUGAAUGUGAAAUCCUGGAAAAUGUUCUGUGUCAAACAGAGUAUAUUUUUGCUAGAUCUAAUCCAAUGAUUCUUAUGAGAUUAAAGCUGCCAAACUGCGAAGAUCUUCCCCAGCCAGAUAGCCCAGAAGCUGUGAAUUGUAUCCGGAUUGGAAUUCCUAUGGCAGAUCCUAUAAAUAAAAAUCACAAAUGUUACAACAGCACUGGAGUAGAUUACCGAGGAACUGCGAGUGUGACCAAGUCCGGACGGCAGUGCCAGCCAUGGAAUUCCCAGUAUCCGCACACACACACUUUCACCGCUGUCAGAUACCCAGAGCUCAAUGGGGGCCAUUCUUACUGCCGCAAUCCCGGGAAUCAGAAAGAAGCCCCGUGGUGUUUUACCUUAGAUGAAAACUUUAAGUCUGAGCUUUGUGACAUCCCAGCAUGUGAUUCUAAGGACUCGAAAGAGAAGAAUAAAAUGGAAAUCCUAUACAUACUGGUGCCAAGUGUUACCAUUCCCCUGGCUAUAGCCCUGCUAUUCUUCUUCAUCUGCAUCUGCCGUAACAAUCAGAAGUCUUCCUCUCCUCCAGUCCAAAGACAACCCAAACACGUCAGAGGGCAAAAUGUAGAGAUGUCAAUGCUAAGUGCAUACAAACCAAAGAGCAAAGCUAAGGAAUUGCCACUUUCUGCUGUUCGAUUUAUGGAAGAACUGGGUGAAUGUGCUUUGGGCAAAAUCUACAAGGGGCAUCUCUAUCUUCCUGGCAUGGACCAUGCUCAGCUUGUUGCUAUCAAGACACUAAAAGACUUUAACAAUCCACAGCAGUGGGCAGAGUUCCAACAGGAGGCAUCUCUGAUGGCAGAACUUCAUCAUCCUAACAUUGUCUGUCUCCUAGGUGUUGUGACUCAGGAACAACCAAUCUGCAUGCUUUUUGAAUACAUGAACCAGGGGGACCUUCAUGAAUUUCUUAUCAUGAGAUCGCCACACUCAGAUGUUGGAUGUAGCAGUGAUGAAGAUGGAACUGUAAAAUCCAGUCUGGAUCAUGGGGAUUUCCUGCAUAUUGCAGUUCAAAUUGCAGCAGGAAUGGAAUAUUUAUCAAGUCAUUUUUUUGUCCAUAAAGACCUUGCUGCUCGCAACAUUUUAAUUGGAGAGCAACUUCAUGUGAAAAUUUCGGACCUUGGACUAUCAAGAGAAAUCUAUUCAGCAGAUUAUUACCGAGUUCAAAAUAAGUCCCUCUUGCCAAUUCGUUGGAUGCCUCCAGAAGCAAUUAUGUAUGGCAAAUUCUCUUCUGAUUCAGAUAUUUGGUCCUUUGGUGUUGUCUUAUGGGAAAUUUUCAGCUUUGGACUUCAGCCAUAUUAUGGGUUUAGUAAUCAAGAAGUCAUAGAGAUGAUCAGGAAACGGCAACUGUUACCAUGCUCUGAAGACUGUCCUCCCAGAAUGUAUAACAUGAUGACAGAGUGUUGGCAUGAUCUUCCAUCUCGGAGACCAAGAUUUAAAGAAAUCCAUGCCAGGCUGCGUUCUUGGGAGGGUCUUUCAAGUCACACUAGUUCCACGACUCCUUCUGGUGGAAAUGCCACCACUCAAACAACUUCACUCAGUGCAAGUCCAGUUAGUAACCUAAGUAAUCCUAGAUACCCUAAUUACAUGUUUCCAGCUCAGGGUAUACCACAAGGCCAAAUUGCUGGGUUCAUUGGACCACCCAUACCUCAAAACCAACGAUAUAUUCCAAUUAAUGGAUACCCAAUUCCUCCAGGAUAUGCCGCUUUUCCAGCUGCCCAUUAUCAACCACAAGGUCCACCCAGGGUUAUUCAGCACUGCCCACCUCCAAAGAGUCGUUCUCCGAGCAGUGCAAGUGGAUCAACUAGCACUGGUCAUGUGACUAGCUUGCCAUCUUCAGGAUCCAAUCAGGAAGCAAAUAUUCCUUUGCUAUCUCAUAUGUCAAUUCCAAGUCAUCCAAGUGGAAUUGGUAUAACAGUUUUUGGAAACAAAAGUCAAAAACCAUACAAAAUUGACUCAAAGCAGUCAUCUUUAUUAGGAGACUCCAAUAUUCAUGGACCUAAUGAAUCUAUGAUUUCAGCAGAGUUGUAAAUAAGUGAGGCCUUUGUAAAUAUAACUAUUUACAAUACAAACUAGAAAGACGUAGUAAAGAUUUAUAUUCAAAUAUUUUAUUAAAGAUUCUUAUGGUUGUUUAGACAUUUGCAACAAGUAUCUUCUGUGAAGUUUAACUGUGUUUAACAGGAUAGGCAAACACCGACCAGACAAAAAGCAUUGUGGUGUGGACACUGAACGUCAUGGAUGAACACAUCGUUCCUCCAAGUACCAAAACAAAUCUUAAUCCAAACGGAAAAAAAAGUUUUAAAAAAGUUAUCACACACCUAUUACAUCUCUUUAACUAUGUGAUAUGGUGCAAGUCACAGCAACUUUAUUAUUUGGAAACAUACUUUGUUUUUGGUCGCUUUUAGGAGAUGUAAACUAUUCAGAGAUUUAUUGGAUGUGCAAUUCCAAUAUCUAGUUUAAACGCUUAUAGAUUUUACAGCCAAGAAUGUUGUUUCAAAUAUGUGAUCCCAUGGCUGGAUAAAUUACUUCAGGUAGGAUUUUACUUUUUAUAUUAAGGUGGGAGUCUGAGUUCAGAUUCAAACCAAAAUAAUUGAAUAUUUUUUUCUAUUACUGCAUAAAAUGUAGUCAUGGCAUACAGCAGCAUGAGUUAUCAACUCACAGGCUGCUAAAAUAAUUUGGCAAUGUCUGAUAAAACUAGUUGGAGUUACAAGAAAUUGCCUUAAAGGAAGUUAAAUUUUUUACUUUCUGAAUGUGAAUUGACUGAUGAAGUUUGCAUUUGAUAAUUUUUUAUAUAUGUAGCUAAAAUAAAAUUUUGUUUCCUUUUGUUGCUAUGCAACUGUUUUAUGAAAAAGUUCCAAACAAUAAUUUUAAAGAAGACAAUCAAUUUUCCCAGGAGUAUUUAUUGUGUCAUAUAGGUAUAUAAUUUCAAUGACUGUGGCCAGGUAGACAUUAGACUUUUAUAGGUGUAAGUGAUCGGAAACUGGUCUUAUACCUGUAACAGCAAAAGUUAGGCACACAUAGACAAGUUUAAAAAUGGUGGAACCCAGUCUAAGAUUUUCCCCUCCCCCACCAAAGGGCAAAUGUGUAUUCUUUUCGCUACUGAUCUAAACUACGCUGUUCGCAGAAAACUGCGUAACUUAGAUUGAUUCCACCUUGGGCUUUUUGAAUGUCUGUACCUAGCCUAUGACUCCAGGAGCCCCCCAGAAAGGGAAAUCUGCAUUCCAUCAGGCAGCAAAGACAUGGUGGCAACUUUGCCUAUCAGUUCAAAUAAUGUGAAUUAGAAUGAACUCUUUUAGAACUACGACAUUUGUAAUAUUAUUAAAAGUCAUUCAGGUAUAAUCAGUCUAGAUUAUUCAUUUUAAAACCACUUUAAUGAUUUACAAAAGUACUUUGUACAUUACAACUUCUCAGAAACUCUUUUUUUGUAUUAAAUCAUAUUUUUUACGUACACACAAUGAAAACAAUCUUUUCCUCAUUUGAUAAUGUUGUAUAGUAUGACUGCCUUUUCAAAUUUUUUUGCACAAAAGUGUGUUAAUGUUUUGUACAGCAGAAGUGAAAAUACAUCUCUGCAUUUUAUAUCUUGGUCUGUUUCUUUUUGGUUUUUUUAUACCUGAUGUAGAUGUUUUUUAAAUAUAUUAUGGUGAUAUUCAGCCACUACCUUAUACUUAUAUUCUUUUUGUUUUCACUGCAUGCAUUUAAUCACUGUAUUACUUGAUGAUUGAUUUAUACGUAUGGGCAUUUCAAUUAGGCAAGCAUGAAAAUGUAAUAACAAAGGCUAUUUUAUAAUGAAGAUACAUGCAUUUUUUUGUAUUUCACACAUCAGAGAUUUAUAUUAAACACUGAUUAUUUUA